GGAUGUGAAAGUUGGCCACAGGCCAGCACCGCCCUGCUUGGUGUCCCACAGGGGUCCCUGGGCGAAGGACGGGAGUAUCCAGUGCAUCGACGACCAGAAGCAGUGACACCAUGGAAGCCCCCUGGGGCUGGCUGGUGAUCGGUGUGCUGGCCAUAUCCCUGGCCUCUUCGGUGACCCAGGACGUUUGCCGAGCACAGGAUGGGAGGGACGGGGCCGCAGGAAUACCCGGCCGACCCGGACGGCCAGGCCUCAAGGGGGAGCGAGGGGAGCAGGGGGCCGCUGGUAUCCAGACAGGCGUCCGUGGCCUUAAAGGAGACCAGGGAGAGCCUGGGCCCCCUGGAAAACCUGGCAGAAUGGGCUACCCAGGGCCCAGCGGCCCCCUGGGGCCCCCUGGCCUCCCAGGGUUGAAGGGCAUCAAAGGCAACCCAGGAAACAUCCAGAACCAGCCGCAGCCGGCCUUCUCGGCCGUGAGACGGAACCCUCCGAUGGGUGGCAACGUGGUCAUCUUUGACACGGUCAUCACCAACCAGGAGAGCCCAUACCAGAGCCACUCGGGCCGGUUCAUCUGCUCUGUGCCGGGUUACUACUACUUCACCUUCCAGGUGGUGUCCAAGUGGGACAUCUGCCUGUCUAUCGUGUCCUUUGGGAGGGGCCAAGUCCAGCGUUCCUUGGGCUUCUGUGACGCCAACAGCAAAGGACUCUUCCAGGUGGUGUCCGGGGGUACGGUGUUCCAGCUCCAGCAGGGAGACCAGGUCUGGAUUGAAAAAGACCCCAAUAAGGGCCGCAUUUACCAGGGUUCAGAGGCCGACAGCGUAUUUAGCGGCUUCCUCAUCUUCCCAUCCACCUCUCCUUCCCAAAUGGACAUGGGGCCCAGCUCCUGGCCCCCCCUUGUACCAAACCUGCUGCUGCUUUUGCUGGCACUGCUGCCUGGGGGCCAAGCUGGCACAGACUGUUAUGGGAUCGCCGGGAUACCGGGCCUGCCCGGGGCCCCAGGGAAGGAUGGGCAUGACGGAUUGCCAGGGCCCAAGGGUGAACCAGGAAUCCCAGCUAUCCCUGGGACACGAGGACCAAAGGGUCAGAAGGGAGAUCCUGGCACACCUGGCUAUCCUGGGAAAAAUGGUCCCAUGGGAACCCCUGGGAUUCCAGGGGAUCCCGGCAACAUGGGACCCCCUGGGGACCCGGGCGAUGAGGGCAGGUACAAGCAGAAUCACCAGUCAGUAUUCACUGUCACACGGCAGACAGUCCAGUUCCCAGCGCCCAACAGCCUGGUCAAGUUCAACUCAGUCAUCACAAACCCACAGGGGGAUUACGACACGAACACUGGCAAGUUCACCUGCAAAGUUCCCGGCCUCUACUACUUUGUCUACUACACGUCACACACGGCCAACCUGUGUGUGCAGCUGUACCGCAACGGUGUCAAGGUGACCACCUUCUGUGACCACAUGACCAACACCAAGCAGGUCAGCUCAGGCAGUGUGCUGCUGCGGAUGAAGGUGGGCGAGCAGGUGUGGCUGGCGGUCAACGACUACAACGGCAUGGUGGGCACCGAGGGCUCCGACAGUGUCUUCUCCGGCUUCCUGCUUGGAGGGGGGCCGGCCUGCUGGGCCCCUGGGAGGGGACCGUCAGGGGAAGGCCCUUGUUCUCGCUGGAGAAUGGAACUUCCGCUUUGGACUGAGAACAGGAGGCUCCCAGCUGCCUGUCCCACUGCUGCCCAGCCCAGCGGCAUCAGAGGACGCCAGGUUCCCAGGAAGCAGCUGAGCAGGGCCAUGAUGAAGACCCCGCGGGGCAGCGUCCCAGUGCUGCUGCCGCUGGUGCUCCUGAGUCUGCUGCACGUCUCCUGGGCCCAGAGUGGCUGCAUUGGGCACCCGGCCAUCCCUGGCAUCCCGGGCAUCCCCGGGGCACCGGGCUCCGACGGCAAACCAGGGACUCCAGGGAUAAAGGGAGAGAAAGGGCUGCCGGGGCUAGCUGGAGACCACGGUGAGCUUGGAGAGAAGGGGGACCCAGGGUUUCCUGGGAUUCCAGGAAAAGUCGGCCCCAAGGGCCCCGUUGGCCCCAAAGGUGCCCCAGGGCCUCCCGGAGCCCAUGGCCCCAAGGGCGAAUCAGGAGACUACAAGGCCACGCAGAAAAUCGCCUUCUCGGCCACACGCACCAUCAACAGCCCCCUGAGGCGGGACCAGGUCAUCCGCUUCGACCACGUGAUCACCAACACCAACAACAACUACGAGUAUCGAAACGGCAAGUUCACGUGCAGGGUGCCUGGCCUCUACUACUUCACCUACCAUGCCAGCUCUCGAGGGAACCUGUGCGUAAACCUCAUGCGGGGCCGGGAGGAGACACAGAAGGUGCUCACCUUCUGCGACUAUGUCUACAACACCUUCCAGGUCACCAUGGGCAGCGUCGUGCUCAAGCUGGGGCUGGGGGAGACCGUCUUCCUGCAGGCUACCGACAAGAACGCCCUGGUAGGCAUCGAUGGGGCCAACACCAUUUUCACCGGGUUCCUGCUCUUCCCAGAUGCAGAGGCGUGACCUGUGGGUCCAAUUCACGCCCUCCCCUGCCAGCCACGCUCUCUUUACCCCCAACACCAGCCCCCACCUGGCCAAAACACACAGUAGGGCUCCUUGGAUAUUGCUGAAUUAAUGAGUAAAUAAACUUUUCAAGGCCAAG